UACGGCAAGCAAACUGCUACAGAAAGAUCUUCCUUUCCCAGCAAACGUAAAUUGACCAUCUCUCUAUAAAGGAGAGCGAAAUCACAAACAGUUGGAGUGCAAUUCAACAAAACAGAGCAACAAUGGUUACCUCAAGCUACUGCUCCCUCAAUUUCCCCCCUCCUUCCACCACAUCACCUUCUCCCCCAAUCUCAGCGGCGCCGCAGCUUUCAUGCUCUCCGACUCUCAAGGAUCGAUUGUGGAGGAGUCGAUGCGUCCUUGGCUUAACGUGCGCCAUAAUCGGCCUCGACGGCGGCGAUUUCGCGGUGGUUGGGGAUCAGGAGAGAGCUAUGGCGAUGGAUAUGCAAUCAUCCGCGAUCGCCGUCGGGGCUCCGAGAUGGAGCGACAAGAGAGCUUGCUUGCCGUGGCAGCUCAAUUCGCUUGAAACGAUCGUGCCGGAGAAUCUGCCGCGGCCGUCGGCGAAGCGUCGGUGGGAGGCCACUGGCUUCUCGGAGACGGCUCCGGCUGUGAGGGUUGCGGUGAAAUCUGGCGCGAAGGGUUGUUUCACUAUGUGAUUGAUUAACCAUGGGUAGAAAAUGAUGUAUACUGUAAAUAUCUUAAGUUGGGAGGAAAAUAUAUCGUAUUACCAAUUUGAUAA